AUGUCAAGAAGAGACCAUAAUCCUAACAAUUACCGAAAUUUUGACAGAAAUAGCCGUGGUGGUCGUGGUAGUCGUGGUAAUAAUAGGGGUGGCAGACAUAACAAUCAACAACGUUUUAGCGCGCCCAUUUCGCCGCGAGAUGUUGAGAAUAGACAAAUUGAAACAUUAAACCAAAAUUUUGGUUCUUCCGAAUUAUCGUAUCGAGGAAGUGAACCUAUUGUAUUCAUUAAAUCUAGUUAUGAAUUAGACGGGCUUUGGAAAAAUUAUAUAAAAAAGAAAUUCAAUGAUCAACAUCAAAUCAGACGGUUCAUUAGUUCUUGUCUUCUUACAGCUAAUAAAAAAGCUGGUCAUGAUGUCGAAAAAUUAAUUUCUGAAUUAGGAAACAAUGAUGGAUUAUUGCAAAGAAUAAGAGAAAUAUUAGAAUAUGAAGUAUCUGUUGAUGCUGGUGUUCAAGCUAAUGUAGCAUCAUUUCAACGCGUCAUUUUACCAUUUAUUGCUUUAUUAAUACGUUCAGCUAUUAUUGAUAGUGUUUUAGAAACAAAUGUUCAUGCAGUUUAUUACUUGAUCUAUAAUAAUUUGGAUUCGUUCCUUUUACAAAAAGUUAUUCCAAUGUUAGACAUCAUUGUUCAGAGAAAUUCAAUAGCAGAUAAUCAUACGAGUCAAAAUAAAUUAUUGGAAGAUGACGCUAUCUCUUUUAUUCCAAUUUCAAUUGGCCAAUUCUUCUUGACUUUAGUAAGAUUUAUUAAUGAAUUAUUAACCCGUGUUAAAGAAGCAUCAAUAAAUGAGUCAAUGUAUAAAGUGAUAGAAAGAUUGGAAAAUCUCAAAACAUCAUGGAAAAAUUCUUUCAAUAAUAGAGUUACAAACGAACAAAAUGACCCAUUAAACUCAAAUGAAGAAGGACGUGAAUACUUCUUUGAGAUCCUAGAUCAAGAAUUCAAUAACAUAAAAAAACAUUUAAAAAUUCAAGGGGGAAAAACAAGUAACUUACAAAAAACUUCAUCAGAAUCAAAAUCUUCAUCACAAUUAUAUAAAGGAUGUGGAGAGUUUGCAGCUUUAAAAAGAGAUUAUGAUCCACCAGGAACUUUGUCAAAGCUUGGACCUCGUCAUGAUAAUGAUUUUGAAGAAUUCACCAAGAUUCUAAUUGUUCCUACAAAAGAUGAAAUUCUUUGUAAACGCAAACCUUUCAUCCCGACAUUUAACAUUCCUAGAAGUUUAGAAUUAUAUUGGAUUCAAGAUAAUGCCACAAGACUUUUAGAUGCUCAAUUUAGAUUACUUCGUGAAGACAUGCUUUGUCCUAUUAAAAAUGGUAUAACUCAUUUUUUAAAUUUUAUGUCUGAUAAAAAAGCUGAAAAUCAAACAAAAAUCAAACAAUACCAUAAUGAUGGUGGUAAAUUUAAACAUAAUGAUGGUGGAUUACAUGUUUAUUCCAAUAUCAUGUUUGAAAAUAUUCCAGUUGAUAAACACCGUGGUUUCAUACUCAAAGUUUCCUUUAAACAGCCACACAUGAGAUCAAAAAACAAAGAGAGUCGAAAACUGUAUUGGAAAAAAUCUAAUAAAUUGAUGAAUGGAAGUUUGAUAUGUUUAUUAUUGCCAGCAAAUGAACAAGCAAGUUUUCAAAAGAUCAAUGAUCAGUAUUCAUUUUUUUUUGGAAUUGUAGCAUCAAGAGAUGAAACAGAUUUGUGCAAAGAACGAGCAGAAAUUGGAAUUGAAUUUAUGGAUAAUUCUGUUUACCCAGUUGCCAUCAGACAAUUGUUUUCAAAACAUGACAAAAGAAAUAAUUUUACCUCUUCAAAUUUUAUGGUGGAAUCUGCCGGAGUAUACUUUGAAUCAUAUUAUCAUGUUCUUAAGACUAUCCAGAGUACAAACCCAUCCACAUUACCAUUCAUACAAUAUCUAGCACCAACCAUAAAUGAUGAUAAAUCAAUUGGUGUCCAAGCUCCUGUUUAUGCGAGAGCGCCAAAUUUUUAUUUUGAUUUAUCAAUUUUGCUUGAUGAUAAAAGCAAGAGACUUUACUUAAAUGUUAACGACGUUAAUUCUUAUCAAAAUGUUAUCAAGGAACUUCAAUCAAACAGCCAAUUGGAUGAUACUCAAGCUAAAGCCUUGGUUUUAUCACUUUGCCAUGAGAUUGCAUUAAUUCAAGGUCCGCCUGGAACAGGGAAAACAUUUGUUGGUGUAGAGCUAAUGAAAGUUCUUCUUUCACGUGAAAAUCAUACUAAAGGAAAAUUUGGCAGUCGUUCCAAAUCAGACAGAAUAAGACAAUAUAAUAUUGAAGAAUUAUACCAUAUGAAUAAAUUUAGACCACUUUCAUCCUAUGAAUUAAAAGAAAGACUUGGAAAAAUUAAAAUAAAAGUAGAAGACCUUCAGAUGAAAUUGACUUAUAAACAACUCAUGUGGCAUAAUAUUUCCAGAUAUUUAAGGCAAAAUUUUCCAAUGAUAGUCGGUAAAAAAAAAUCUAAAAAUAAAGAUAAUAAAGAUAAGAGCAUCUUUGGACAAUGGUUAGCUGGUCGAGACAUAGAUAAUGCAAAAAGUUGGGAAGAUUAUGACGAUUAUGAAAAUGAUUAUGAAACUUUUAUUGAUCCAGAGUUAAAAGAAUUUAUUUCAUGCUGGAAAGAACCAAAAGGUGACAGACCAAUUGAAGAAUUGAUUAAAGAGGCUAAUGUGUGGAAAAUGUCAAUUAUUGAACGUACCAAGUUACAUGAUUUUUGGUUAGAUCGUUUACAUGAUCAUUGGAUAGAUUUACUUUAUCGAUAUAAAAAAAGUUAUGAAGGAUUUGCAAAACAGGUUGAUGAAAUAUAUAAUCAGAAUCGGCGUAGAAUUUUGGUUAAUUGUCAAGUUAUAGGUAUGACCACCAAUGGAGCAGCUAAAUUUCAAUCACUGAUCCGAUCCAUAUCACCCAGAAUAAUAAUUUGUGAAGAAGCUGGCGAAGUACUUGAAGCACAUAUAUUAAGUUCUUUAUCACCUUAUACUCAACACCUAAUAUUAAUUGGUGACCAUCAACAAUUACGACCACAUUGUGCUACUUAUGAUUUAUCAGUUGAAUCAGCGAUAGGCAAGCCUUAUGGAUUGGAUAUAAGUCUUUUUGAAAGACUUGUUGAAGGUGGUAAUGCAAUGAAAUUAGAGAAAUGUCAAUUGACAACACAAAGACGUAUGAGAGCAAUGGAAAUAUCAGAUCUUAUCAGAAAUACAUUAUAUCCAGGUUUAAUUGACAGUGAACAUACAUUUAAUUAUGAAAAAGUCCGAGGAACACCCCAUAAUGUUUAUUUCAUCAAUCAUCGCUAUCAAGAAGACAGGAAUGUUAGUGAGCAUGCAUUACAAUCUCAUUCCAAUCAAUAUGAGGUUAAUAUGGUUGUUGAAAUGGUGAAAUAUUUUAUUAAAAAUGGGUAUAAAAAACCAGGUGAUAUUGCAGUUUUGACACCAUACCUUGGACAAUUGAUGAAGCUUCGAGACGCCUUGUCUGAAUCUAUUACGGUGGUUAUUGAUGAUCGUGAUAGACAAAACAUUGAAGAUUUUACUGAAGAUGGUGAAGAUGGUAAGGAUGACAGCGAUAGUCAGAAAUUAGAUGAUAAUGGCAACAAUAGUAAUGAUUUUGGCGGGAACAAUGUUGAAAUUAUUAAAACAAACUUAAACCAACAGGUUAUAUUAAGAACUGUUGAUAAUUUUCAAGGUGAAGAGGCAGACAUAGUUAUCAUAUCACUUGUUCGGAAUUCUUUGGAUGCAGAAGAUGAAAAAUUUGUCGCCAACAGCAAAACUUUAAAAGAUCAUAAUCAAAGAGAGACUAUUGGAUUUUUAAAUAUAUAUAAUCGUACAAAUGUUUUGUUGUCUCGUGCAAGACAUGGCAUGUAUUUAUUUGGUAAUUCUGAGUUAAUGUCAAGAAAAUCACCAAAAAUGUGGAGACCAGUUAUUGACAUGUUGAAACAACGAAAUCCACCACAAGUUGGAUUUGGGUUUCCUAUAGCAUGUGAUAAUCACUCUGAACAUGUUAAUAUUAUUACUGAAGCUUAUCAAUUUGAGAAUGUUUCACCUGAUGGAGGAUGUCGUCUACCUUGCACACAUAAAUUACCUUGUGGUCAUGCAUGCCCAUUAAAAUGUCAUUCUGAUAAUUCAAGACACUCUAUAAUGUUUUGUGAAAAGAAAUGUUCAAGAUUAUACCCUGGAUGUAGACAUCCAUGUGAUAAACUUUGUGGAGAUGAUUGUGGAAAGUGUAUGUUCCCUAUUGAUGAUUUGAUAUUACCAUGUGGGCAUAUUUAUGAGAAUCCAAGGUGUCAUGAAGUUUCUGAUUUAUCUAAUAUAAAAUGUCGAAAAAUUGUUAAACAUGUUUUGCCAAAUUGUGGACAUGAACAUUCGAUGAUGUGCUUUUUACCAGUUGAUUCAUAUAAAUGUAGAGAAUUAUGUAAAGGGAAUUUACCUUGUGGGCAUGUUUGUAAGUCAUUUUGUUCACAAUGUGUAGGAAAAUCAAUUAAAAUUAAUGACCAAGCUGAGUUAGAUUCAAAUGGUUUUGUUGUGAAAACAAAACAUGAAUCAUGUAGAGAACUUUGCAAUAAAAUGUUAAAGUGUGGGCAUGUUUGUAGAGAAAUUUGCCAUAUUGGAAAAGAAUGCGGAAAUUGUAGACAACUUUGUGGUCUUGGGUGUUCACAUAUUAGGUGCAGAGAAUAUUGUAAUGAGCCAUGUAAAAUUUGUUGGGGAAAAUGUGAUUGGUAUUGUGAACAUCAAGGAAAUUGUGAAUCAUUAUGUUCAUUGCCUUGUUCACGUUUACCUUGUGAUAUGAAAUGUAGAAAGAAGUUGGAAUGUGGGCAUGAUUGUAAUGGCGUUUGCGGUGAAGUUUGUCCCAGUAAAAAAUAUUGCAUAAUGUGCGCAUCUAAUGAUGUCAAAAAACAAGUUGUUGAUGACGAUAAAAAAUUCGAGGAGAUUGAUUGGAAUGUUAAUAAUAUGAUUGUGCUAGAAUGUGGUCAUGUCUUUACAAUGAAAAUGAUGGAUGAAAUUAUGAAAAUUCAAAAAUAUUAUAAUAAAUAUUUAGAUCAAUGGAAAUCGACUAAUUCAUUUAUUACAGAACCAGAGCAUCUAGAACCUUGUCCAAAUUGUCAAUAUCCUAUUAAGAAUGUACGUAGAUAUGGUAGAAUUAUUAAAAAAUCUAUAAUCAAUUUACAAAGAAAAAAUUAUUUGCCCAAAUGGACCCAUCAGUUUAAGAGCAUUAGUGGAAAUUUUAAUGGUCUUUACAAUAAUUUAAAAUCAAACGAAAAAGGAUUUUUAAGAACUUUGCAAAAUGUUAUUAGAAAUCAUGAUAAUCAGUACUACACUAAAAAAACAAAAGGCACCAACUCUUUUAUUGUCCAAGCUUUUGAAUUACGAAAUUUAAAAAAUUUAUACGAUAUUCCCAUUAAAUAUCAAAAAUUAUGGAGAAAACAUAUUAAUUCAUAUUUAAAUAAUUAUGAAAACCUAUACAAGUUUAUAUCCGAGAGAAGAUUUUCACCUCAUAUAAAUGCUUUCUUUCAUUCAUUAAAUGAAAUAUGUAAAUCCAAAUAUGGAAUGACAUUGACGGAUAAAUUUGGAAAAUUUUCUGUAGAUGAACAUGGAUCUAAUGCUUCAAGAAAUAGGGAAGAUUUGCAAUUGAUUGUUCAAAUGAUAGGUGGAAAUUCUAUAUUGAAAACGGAUAAAAGUUUCUACGUUGAUACAUUGUUUACACUUUUUGAUGUUCAAAAAACUAUGCUUAAUGAAAUUAAUAGAACGAAUGAUUACACGCUUCAAUUGGAGAAAGAUGAAAUUAUAAAAAAUUUGAGCGAGAUCAAUAAGAAAUGUACAACUAUCAAAGAUUCCAAGCCUGUUAGUUUUGUCACCAGGAAAGCAGAAAAAGUUUGUAAAGAUAAUGAAACUUAUGAAAAACUUAUUAACCAAGAGGUAUUUGAAGAAAUAGGAGAUCUUAAUACAAUAUUAAAGAAACUUUUUAAAGAAGAAUUUACAAGUAUAUUAGCUAUUGAACGUGGCUCUAAAAUCAAAUUUGCUGGAAUGAUUGAUGACGACAACGACGAGGAUGAGGAUUUUGAUAAAGAAUUGCUUAAUAACGAACCCAUUGUAAUUCCUGAUGAAGAUCUUGAGGAUAUU